AUGGCGGCUGCUGUGACGGGUGGCAGACACCAACCUGGAGAACCAGCUCCCUCCACCAGGUCCCACCGUAUGCCUCGAUUACCAAAGGCUUGGAGGCAUCGUGGAAGAAAAGGCAAGUUUUGGGCAAAGGAGGAGUAUGCUCCUGCCCCUCCUGACGUGACACGAGAAAAACUAGCGACACACGAGUCCCGGUCCAAAGGUGUGAGUUGGGGCAAGUCCGUCAGUGAAGCACCUGGAACCAAGGAGACACCAGAGAGGGAGGAAACCAGCCCCGUCAGCGCUGGUCAGGGCCAGGGUGAACCAUCCACCCAGGACUCAGUGCCUGGACCCAGUGAGAUGCUGGAGAGGGAGGAACCCAGCCUUGUCAGCACUAGUCAGAGCCAGGGGGAACCAUCCACCCAGGGCUCAGUCGAGUCCGUUGUGGUGGAGUGUGGUCACCCUCCUGGGGAUCCAAGUCACUCCAUUGUCCGGGACAUACCCGAGACAGGCAGGUCGCCAGGGCAGCGUCGCAAGAAGCCCUCCAUGGUGGAGGGGGAGCAGGCCGCUCUCCUCCCUGAGGCCAUGAGAGGAGCAGGAGAACAGCAGGAGUCCAGGAGGAAAGCUCCUGGACUCAAUGCGACGCUGGAGAGGGAGGAGCCCAGCCUCGUCAGCGCUGGUCAGGGCCAGGGUGAACCACCCACCCAGGACUCAGGCGAGUCCACCGUGGUGGAGUGUGGUCACCCUCCUGGGGAUCCAGGUCCCUCCAGUGACCAUCAGGACCCUCCUGAGAGCUGCAAGACUCAGGACCCGAGUCAGAGAAAGAAGCCCUCUGUGGCCGAGGGGGAGCAGGCUGCUCUCCCUCCUGAGGCCCCAAGAGGAGCUGAGGAACAGGGGGAUUCCAGGGCAAAAGUGCCUGGACCCAAUGACAAGCCACAGAGGGAGGAGCCCAGCCUUGUCAGCGCUGGUCAGGGCCAGGGUGAACCACCCACCCAGGGCUCAGGCGAGUCCAUCGUGGUGGAGUGUGGUCACCCUCCUGGGGAUCCAGGUCCCUCCAGUGACCAUCAGGACCCUCCUGAGAGCUGCAAGACUCGGGACCCGAGUCAGAGAAACAAGCCCUCUGUGGCCGAGGGGGAGCAGGCUGCUCUCCCUCCUGAGGCCCCAAGAGGAGCUGAGGAACAGGGGGAGUCCAGGGCGAAAGCGCCUGGACCCAAUGACAAGCCAGAGAGGGAGGAACCCAGCCUUGUCAGCGCUGGUCCGGGCCAGGGUGAGCCACCCACCCAGGGCUCAGGCGAGUCCAUCGUGGUGGAGUGUGGUCACCCUCCUGGGGAUCCAGGUCCCUCCAGUGACCACCAGGACCCUCCCAAGACUUGCAAGUCUCGGGGACGGCGUCGGAGGAAGAAGCCCUCUGUGGCCGAGAGGGAGCAGGCUGCUCUCCCUUCUGAGGCCCCAGGAGGAGCUGAGGAUGAGGGGCAGUCCAGGGCGAAAGCACCGGGACCCAGGGAGAUGCCAGAGAGGGAGGAGCCCAGCCUUGUCAGCGCUGGUCAGGGCCAGGGUGAGCCACCCACCCAGGGCUCUGGCGAGUCCAUCGUGGUGGAGUGUGGUCACCCUUCUGGGGAUCCAGGUCCCUCCAGUGACCACCAGGACACCCCCGAGACCUGCAAGUCUCGGGGCCAGAGUCGGAAGAAGAAGCCCUCUGUGGCCAAGGGGGAGCAGGCCGCUCUCCCUCCCGAGGCCACGAGAGGAGCUGGCGAACAGGAGGAGUCCAGGGCGAAAGCACCUGGACCCAGGGAGGAGCCAGAGAGGGAGGAGCCCAGCCUUGUCAGCGCUGGUCAGGGCCAGGGUGAACCACCCACCCAGGGCUCAGGCGAGUCCACCGUGGUGGAGUGUGGUCAUCCUCCUGGGGAUCCAGGUCCCUCCAUUGACCAUCAGGAUGUUCCCGAGUGUUGGGAGUCUCGGGGGCGAUCGCGCAAGAGGAAGCCCUCUGAGGCCAGGAGAGGAGCUCGGAUACAGCGGGGACCCAGAGCGAAAGCACCUGGACCCAGGGAGAAGCCAAAGAGGGAGGAGCCCAGCCUUGUCAGCGCUGGUCAGGGCCAAGGUGAACCACCCACCCAGGGCUCAGGCGAGUCCACUGUGGUGGAGUGUGGUCAUCCUCCUGGGGAUCCAGGUCCCUCCAUUGACCACCAGGACCCUCCCAAGACCUGCAAGUCUCGGGGAAGGCGUCGGAGGAAGAAGCCCUCUGUGGCCGAGGGGGAGCAGGCUGCUCUCCCUGCUGAGGCCCCAAGAGGAGCUGAGGAACAGGGGGAGUCCAGGGCAAAAGCACCUGGACCCAGGGAGAAGCCUGACAGGGAGGAGCCCGGCCUUGUCAGCGCUGGUCAGGGCCAGGGUGAACCACCCACCCAGGGCUCAGGCGAGUCCAUCGUGGUGGAGUGUGGUGACCCUCCUGGACAUCCAGGUCCCUCCAGUGACCACCAGGAUCCUCCUGAGAGCUGCAAGUCUCGGGGCCGGCGGAAGAGGAAGAACCUCUCUGUGGCCGCGGGGGAGCAGGCCUGUCUUCUUCCUCAGGCCCUGAGAGGAGCUGGCGAACAGGGGGAGUCCAGGGCAAAAGCACCUGGACCCAGGGAGAAGCCAAAGAGGGAGGAGCCCAGCCUAGUCAGCGCUGGUCAAGGCCAGGGUGAACCACCCACCCAGGGCUCAGGCGAGUCCACUGUGGUGGAGUGUGGUCAUCCUCCUGGGGAUCCAGGUCCCUCCAUUGACCAUCAGGACGUUCCCGAGUGCUGGGAGUCUCGGGGGCGAUCACGCAAGAGGAAGCCCUCUAUGGCCGAGGGAGAGCAGGCUGCUCUCCCUUCUGAGGCCAGGAGAGGAGCUCGGAUACAGCGGGCACCCAGGGCGAAAGCACCUGGACCCAGGGAGAAGCCAAAGAGGGAGGAGCCCAGCCUUGUCAGCGCUGGUCAGGGCCAGGGUGAACCACCCACCCAGGGCUCAGGCGAGUCCACUGUGGUGGAGUGUGGUCACCCUCCUGGGGAUCCAGGUCCCUCCAUUGACCACCAGAACCCUCCUGAGACCUGCAAGUCUCGGGGCCGGCGUCGGAGGAAGAAGCCCUCUGUGGCUGAGGGCCUAAUGGAAGUGUUUGGUGCUUGGGUUUCUAGUACCGCUGCCACAAGUUUUGGUGGAAUGGAGGUCUAUGUGGCUUCUCUUAUAGCCGACCAGAGGAAAAGGCCUCAGGCCUUAGACAAUGCAGCUGUGAGCAUGGACUCUGGAGUAGCCAGUGACUAG